CUUCUCUUUCGUAUAUCAAAGCGGAAAAGGAAAAGAACAAAGUUGAAAUUUUAGCCUAAUCUUUGAAUCCCAAUCAUUGAAAGACUUAUACCCCUUUUUAUGUACCUCAAAUUUCCGGGGGAGAAAAAAAAACCAUCCUCCGCCCAAGUCCCCGGUGGCACACCGUCGCCGACCACCUUCUUCUGAAUAUAUCUCUCACUCAUGUUUUUCUUGCUUAUUUAUAUCAAUCUUUUAGAUUAAUAAAAACCCAUUAUUUUUUCCACACAAAAAAAAAAGAAAAAAGAAAAGAACCCAUCGUCUUCCAUCGCUUGUUUCACACUCUUCUUCACCUCCCACCCACCCAAAAACUACAGCACCCCAUCAUUCCAAAGUAUAAAAGUUUGAAUCUUUGAGCAAAACAAGCACGUGGGUAGGUCGGGGUCGUUAGAGUGAGGGGUGUACUGUUAUGGUAUGGCUCAGCAGAGGCAAUCGGGAAUGGAGAGGAUUGGGGUGAGAGUGGGGACCCACGAUCUGCACCAUGCCAACGGCGCUGGUGAUCACGUCGCCGUCGGGAUUCGCGGUGGUGUCGCUCACAAGCAGCCGCGACUUCGGCGAUCGGCGCGAUCCGACAGGGGCACGAACCUCUCGGUGUCGACAAUCCUAGUUUUGCUCUUCCUCGUACUUGUCGUCACAGUGCUGGUGUUUUCUUACAUUUCUAGAGACGAAAUAAAUAAAAAUGGUGAUGAUAGUGAUGAUUUAAAGAGUGAUUCUGAUUUUCUUACAAAUGUACCAAGGAUACAGAAGAAGAAAGUUCUUGACUUUGGACACGCAUUAGGGGCACAGGGUCGGGAUUCAAGAUAUUGGGAUAAGGAUGACAGGAGAAGGGAUGAGGAUUAUGAUGAGAAGAUGAUGGAGCAGACAAAUAGUGAUAUAGGAGAAGAAAAUGCUGGAAGUGAUGCUCUUCAAGAGGUAAAGUCUUCUCGGGACGCUUCUUACACGAGUUUGAAGCGAAAAGGCGUUGGUUUGUAUAAUGAAGCUGGCCGUCAUGAAUUGAAAAGAUAUGAAGCAGAAUAUGAGGCUUCUUUGAAGAAUCUGGAACAUUCUUCUGAAGAUGAUGGGAAAAUAUCACUUGACACAGAUUUGGAAAAGAGGAAUGCAGCAGAUGACAUUGAUGAUGAAUAUGAUGACUUUUUUGAUUUUCAUGAUGCUCAAAUAGACAACCCUGGUGCUAGUAGAAGUAUGAGAGAGAAGCAUUCUAAUUCUAAUGUACUAAGCUCGGACAAUGAAGUUCAGAAAGAAUCCAAUGAUUCUUUUGGUGAGGGAAACAAGGAUGAUAUUAUUUCUGAGGACGUUGAUGGAGCAUCUUCCUUGAACAAAAAAAAUUCUCAUGAUGGAAAGACAAAUUCUAAACAUGCAAAUCCUUUUAAUGGACAAUCAAACAGAAAAUUACAUCCCGAAACAAAGAAGAAAUCUAGACGCCGCAAAUUUUCAGGAUCCUGUGAGAUGAAAUUGUUAAACUCAACCUCGCAACUUGUAGAACCACUAGAAAGCCGAAAAUUUGCAAGAUUUAACUUACAGUAUGCAGAGAGAGAAGAGAAACCCCUGGGAGAUGAACAAUGGGUGCCCAGAUUUGGAGGCCAUCAGAGUAUAGAAGAGAGAGAAAAUUCAUUUUUGGCACGUGAUCAGAAAAUAAACUGUGGAUUUGUUAAAGGUCCUGAAGGGUCUCAAAGCACUGGAUUUGACUUGACAGAAGAUGAUGCAAGUUACAUCAGCAGAUGCCACAUUGCGGUGAUUUCAUGCAUAUUUGGAAAUUCUGAUCGCUUGAGGAUCCCAGCCACUAAAACGGUCACUCGAUUAUCAAGGAAGAAUGUCUGCUUUGUUAUGUUUACUGAUGAAGUUACAAUACGAACACUUACUGCUGAAGGUCAUGUGCCAGAUAGAAUGGGUUUCAUUGGCUUUUGGAAGUUAGUGGUAGUGAAGAAUCUACCCUAUGAUGAUAUGAGGAGAGUGGGAAAAAUACCUAAGUUAUUGCCACAUCGUCUUUUUCCUUUUGCAAGGUAUUCAAUUUGGUUGGAUAGCAAAUUAAGGCUGCAGCUUGAUCCUUUACUUAUCUUGGAGUACUUCUUGUGGCGAAAGGGUUAUGAAUUUGCAAUAUCCAAUCACUAUGACCGGCAUUGCAUGUGGGAAGAGGUAGCCCAAAACAAGAAAUUGAACAAGUAUAAUCACACAGUUAUAGAUCAACAAUUUGCAUUUUACCGGGCUGAUGGACUGGAAAGAUUUAAUGCUUCAGAUCCGAAUAAGCUUCUUCCAAGCAAUGUACCUGAAGGUUCUUUUAUUAUUAGAGCACACACCCCAAUGUCAAAUUUGUUUUCCUGUCUUUGGUUCAAUGAAGUCGACCGGUUUACUCCUCGUGAUCAGCUGAGUUUCGCAUACACUUAUCAGAAGCUGAGAAGGAUGAAUCCUGACAAACCUUUUCAUCUUAAUAUGUUCAAGGAUUGCGAAAGGAGACACAUAGCCAAGUUGUUCCGUCAUAGGUUGGAUGAGAAAAGGACUAAUCAUCAAAAAGCAACUGAAUAAAGGGAAUUUUAAUUAACAUUUUUAUUGCUAGGGAGCUUGAUAUGAUGUACUUGGCCAGUCUCUUGCAUGUGUUGAAGUUGUGAUCUGAUCUAUGCUGGCUCUCUGUUGCUGAGUGAUGAUUCAGCACAGUUGUUUCUCAAACAAGUGAAGUGUUCAUCAAAGUAUGAUCUACAGUGCUGCUGUGUCAUCCAUGAAACACAAUUUUGUGGUUAUGUUUUAUCAUAUCUCUUGUAUCCAUCAUCCAUUUGUGCCUUGGGAGACAGGCAAAGCAUCAAAUGACUCACUGACCAUCAAUCACUUCGACUACUCCGGCUCCUCCUCAUUUUUCAUUUCUAAAUAGUAAAUUGGGAUUGUUUGUAUGUAGAAAUUUUUUUGAUAGGUCAUUCAUACUCUUUAGAAAUCUGACUCGUGAUUCUUAUUGAUUUUAUAACUUAAAUAUAAGCAUGUAUGAGUUGUUAAAAUAAAUGUGUACCUAUUUCUUUUGUUCCCU